GGUGUAAAUAUUGUAUAUAAUAUAGAAUUUGUAUAUUGUAUAUAUAUGUACAUUUUAUAUUUUCAGAUGACACCUGGUGUCUGUAUAAAUUUAGAGAAAAUUGUGAGACCUAGCAUUAUGCAUGAACAAGAAAAUACAGUUGUACCCAAAGGUAUUUUCACCCUUGCACUUCCAUCAAAUAAGUCCACCAAAGUAUUUGUGCUCCUCAAUUCUUAAUAUAACUUGAAUAUUAAGGAACCUUUGUUUUUGAUUCAGAAUGUAGCAUAUACAUUUUAAAUAAAAAUACAGAAAUAGCAUUGACUGAACUACUAACUCUAAUCAAUAUUUGGUGGGACAGCCUUUAACCAAAAUAACUGCAAACAAGUGCUUCCCAUACCUAUGGAUGGGUUUUUUGCCCCUCUGUUCUAGCAGUUUGUCCUAUUCUUCUUGUGCAAACUGCUCCAGUUCUCCCAGAUUUGGAGGGUUAGUCACAAAUGCUUUUUUUCAGAUCUCUCCAAUGGGAUUUAGAUCUGGACUAGUUGCUAGCCUUUUCAGAACAAUUUUGUCAUCAACCAUUCUUGGGUGCUUUUGAAGUGUGUUUGUUGUAACUGUCCUUCUGGAAGACUAAUGACUUGGAGACUCUGGACAAUGACAGUGUAGACCCAGCCUUGUGAUACUGGUUUGCUCCAAAAUAUCUUGGGAUUCUUCUGAAGUCAUGAUUCCAUUCACAUGUUCAGGUCUCAGGGUCUGAAGCAGCAAAGCAACCUCAAAACAUCACUGAACCUUCUCUGAGUGGGUCCUCUCUGAUCUCCUAUUAUACAUCCCCAUGUCACUGAGUUGGGACAAAGAGUGCGAGUUGAAACUGUUCUACGUUGUUUCUGAAGGACCUCAAUUCUCUACUCAAGAUCAUCAUUUAGCCUCUCCCUGUAUCUCAGAAUUCACUCUGCUCUCAACAUCUCGCUGUCUCCAACAGACAAAAAGUAAAAAAGCUCCUGUCUUUCUAUCAUAAGCUACGGUACCAUCCUCCACAACUCUUUCAAGCCCUCACAAGUUUGACCCUGUGUUGUAACUCCCUGCAUCCUAUCAUGUCCAAUAUUAAUCUUGAAGAGGAAAAAGCCAAGCUGAAGCAGGUUGGGGUGACGGCACUGAAGUGUAUGUCUGUCAUAUCCUCAGAAUUGGCUGUGAUCCACCCGAUCUUUGGUGUUGCAGGCAGUCUGAUACGAUUGGUGCUUCACCAGGUAGACGAUGAAGAGAUCCAGGAUCUGAAGAGUGAGUUUGCGUCUGUGAACAGGAAACUGGAUGAGCUUUCUGCGCAAAACAACAGUACUCUGCAAAAUAUCAAGGUGGUCACAACGGAAUGCCAGUAUUGGCAAUUGGAGCAGAAUUUGCACAGCCAGUACUGUGCGUUCAUGAAUAUGGUGAAUGCCCGUCCUGAGCACAUAGAGAGCAAGAAGGAGGAUUUCAAAAAACGUUAUGCUCAGGACAUGGAUGACCAGAACCUACACACACUCUACGACAGCGUGGUGGGCACUGGCAAAGCAUUCAGUGAGCCCAUCCUGAAGGUGUACCUGGAGCACUCAAAGAGAAACCACCAUGUCAUGAAGAUGCUGAUCAUACGUCUCAACCAACUGUUCUGCAUUGCCUUGACCUCCUUCAUGGGCCACAGAACCAUCUUGAUGGAGGGCAAAGACCAAAAGGAAAUCUGGAAGUAUGAGGAGAGCCUCAUUAAGGAGUGGGAAAAAAAGAUGGAUGAUGUGCAGAAGAGCAUGCAGAAAGCCCUCAUGGAGUGUAGUAAAUAGGAGGGGGUGUUGAGCAGGGGUGGGCUUGGUGGGCCAAAAUAUUAGUUGUUUUGAUUCAAAGCAAAUUUUACACAUCCAGCUAAAUAAAAUAAU